CGGCGGUUACACCCGAUGUGUCAUGGCGCUUUGUACGAAUACCUUCCGGUUGUUUUGACUUCGCAGCAGUUAUUUUGUAUCGCAGUUUCAGUGUCCUAAGGACUAGUUUUUACCUCUGCCUCUCCACGUUUGCAUUGUAACUAUUGAGUAGUAAAGCUUCAGAAUGUCUGCAGAGUCGAGAACAUUCGCUAAUCCAGAGGUUCCUGGUUACGUUGGUUUUGCAAAUCUUCCAAAUCAAGUGCAUAGGAAGUCGGUGAAAAAAGGCUUCGAAUUCACCCUCAUGGUCGUAGGCGAAUCUGGUCUGGGAAAGUCGACUCUAGUCAACAGUUUGUUUCUCACCGACCUAUAUCCUGAGCGCCAAAUCCCUGAUGCCAGUGAAAAAAUCAAGCAGACCGUGACACUGGACGCAUCAACAGUGGAAAUUGAGGAACGCGGCGUUAAGCUACGGCUCACGGUUGUUGACACGCCCGGAUACGGUGAUGCAAUAGACAAUUCAAACUGUUUCAACUCCAUCAUCGAGUACAUCGACGACCAGUUCGAACGCUUUUUGUGCGACGAAAGUGGCCUCAACAGAAGGAACAUCAACGACAAUAGAGUGCACUGCUGUUUCUAUUUCAUAUCGCCGUUUGGUCACGGUCUGAAGCCCCUGGAUAUUCAGUUUAUGAAGAUGCUUCACAACAAAGUAAACAUUGUGCCUGUCGUUGCCAAGGCCGACGCUCUCACAAAAAAGGAGGUCCUACGCCUUAAGCAAAAGAUAAUGUCCCAGAUUGAUGAACACAAGAUCAAAAUCUACACGCUUCCAGAGUGCGACUCCGAUGAAGAUGAAGAUUACAAGGAGCAAGUAAAGCAGCUUAAGGAGGCCGUGCCCUUUGCUGUCAGUUCGUCGGUGCAGCUGAUUGAAGUGAAAGGCCGCAAGGUACGAGGAAGGCUGUAUCCGUGGGGAGUGGUAGAAGUGGAAAACCCGGAGCACGGAGACUUCAUUAAGCUCCGAACCAUGCUAAUCACCCACAUGCAAGACCUUCAGGAGGUGACUCAAGAACUCCACUACGAAAACUAUCGUUCCGAAAGACUGGUUGGAGGUACACCGCCGUCGAAGAAGCCGACCAUCUCCGUGCCGGAAGAAAACCUGACAGAGAAAGAUAGAAUUCUGCAAGAGAAGGAAGCCGAGCUGAAACGUAUGCAGGAAAUGCUGAAGAAGAUGCAAGAGCAGAUGCAGCAGCAGAACUCCGCAAGUGCCAACGGCACAGCCGGACCAGAAACACAGACAAAGGUGUGAAUCUCCAGAGACAAUUCCACAACGUGCCUUCGCGACAGCCUUUUAUGUGUUUUUAGCAGGCUCGCAUUUCUUAAAUUGUGUACGCAGGUAAACAUGUUCCUGUUCCGUGUUGUAUGAUGAAGAUAAAAGAUGCGUGAAAUUUUUUAAAUACUCUUAAUCUAAUGAAGAUCACGUUAUGUGUUGUCCAAAAUAUUGCAAAGUGCCUGCAAACACGUUCUCUGUUGCAUCAGUUUUGAGAUGCAAUGCUCCAUUUGUACUCUGUUCAGUCUAGUCUGUUUUAUUUGAAUAUGUUUCAUUUCAUUUCUUACUAAGCAAAAUAAAUAAAAUUUAGUUUGAAAUAUUGCUACCAGUCAUGUUACACAUGGUAGCAGUUGGCUUUAGUUACUUUUAACAUGUUUCGUGAGCAUGAUUGAUGAUGUGAUGCUGAUUUGCUCGAUGUUGCUUAUAUGAACGUAUCAAAAAUAAUAGUGCCAUUAUGUUACGCUAUGCAUCUCCGUUAAAUUUAUCGCAAAGUUUUGUAUCCAGUUUACUUCCCAGUACUUAUCAGUUGAAUGUGCCAUUUUUUUCUACAUCCAUGUUGUGAAAGUUUUUUUUCAAAUAAAGGUUGAUUGUCACAUCA